AUGACCCAACUACCCAGGAGAAAACCGCCUCCCAACCUGACCCCAGCCGCCUUGGUAGCGUCACCAACCCGCAGCCAACCAGUUCCAAACGCCUCUGGGACUCUCUCCGUGUACACAGAGCUCUUCCCCGCCACCGAAGAUACACCAAUCGCACAUGGCGGAAUAUGGAUCCUGGACCUGAACUCUACCCGCUCGUGGCCAAUUCCUGGCACCCCCAGUGCCCGGUUUCCUCAGUGGCUUGGUCGCAGCGACCAGCUUAUCUGGCUCGAGGCGUGCCCGGAUGGGCAUACGCGGUUUGUCGUUGCGGAUGCCCGCCUUCGCGGGGAGAGGUAUGUGGCUGGAACUGUUGCGGGGCCGGUUUGGGAUCUUCGCACGACGCGUGUUGCGAAUAUGGGGGAUCCCGCGGAUGAUGUCGACGAUGAUCUGGGUUUUGCCGUUGUCGGGGAGGUCGAUGGCGACGGGCGGUUAUUCAAUCCACUGGAAGGUGGUCGGAGUCUGAAGGAUACGGCUGGUGGCCCGGGAAUCUGUCGUCGUCCUGGCCAUGUCCACUGCCGACAGGAGAUGGGCCACCGGCGAAUUGUCAUAUGGGUGACAAACCUGAUGGCGUACUUCGAUCUCGGGAACGUCUCGCUGCAGUCCCAGUCUGACGAGAAGGGACAAGAGAUUUGUCCAGACUUUGUUAUAUCUUCCUGGGUGAUCCUCUUCACGGCCCAAGAUCCCGAGGUCGACAGUGCAACACACACGGUCUCUUCAUGCUACAUCUGCCCGAUGCUCGACUGGAGCGGGCUGCUCGUUCCCGACGACUACUACAAAGCGUUCCGGCAUCGUGGCCUUGGAGGAGCCUGCUCAUCUCCAGCAGUAAGCAACAGAGGGCAAGUAGGAUUCCUAGCCCAGAAGCAAGACGGGUUUGCGGCGGGUAAGAACCGGAUUAUUGUUGUCACCGACAACCAGAGGGGGCUAUAUGAGGAGAUAUUCGCCUCUGCUGAUGGCAAGGGUCAGUGGGACCUCAGUCCCUCUCGUGUCUCAUUCGCCGCCAACGGGAGACUGCUUCUCAGUGUCGAAGAAAAGGGCCGGAAAGUGCUGUAUCAGCUGGAUCCCGUUGAUGGGGCGACACCGGCUGAUCUAAAGCGCAUCGCUCCAUCCGCCUCGUCCGCAAAGUCUAUUGUCUAUGCCACACCACUAGGCGACAUUCAUCCCCUGCACGACCUUGUCGCUGGAGCUAUAGCUGAGUUCCCACUCGAUAAUCCACGCUUCGGACUAUCCAAGGACCAAAUAAAAGAGGCUUGGUUCCCCAGCGCAGACAACCGCAAGAUCCACGCAUGGGUGAUCAAGCCGUCGUUCUUCAACCCAGAACACAAGUACCCCCUCGCCUACUUUAUCCAGGAUAGCCAACACGGCAGCUGGAGCAGUAUCUGGAGUACCAGCACCACCACCAGCCCGAAUCUAGCCUUCUUCGCCGAACACGGCUACGUGGUCGUCGCGCCCAAUAUUACAGGGAGCAUUGGGUACGGCGAGGACUUCGUAAACGGCACACAGCAUUCCCCCACUGACACGGCCUACCAAGACCUUCACCACGGAUUCAAGUACAUCCAGAAUGAACUCCCCUACAUUGACAGCCGCCGCGCCGUUGCCCUCGGAUGUGAGUACGGUGGAUACAUGGUAAACUGGAUCCAGGGCCACGACCUCGGCCGUCGAUUCCGCGCGCUAGUGUCUUGUAACGGGAUCUUCAGUAUCAUGACCUACCUCGCGGCUGACGUGCAGCAUCCCGGCUUCCACGAGCUGGGCGGGCCACCCUGGCUCGCUGCGGAGGAGUGGAGGCGCGCGGAUCCCGCGCGGCAUCUACAUAACUGGAAGACGCCGCAGAUGGUUAUUUACGACCCGGUAGAUGCGCAGGUUCGCGUCUCUGACGCACUGGCGGCUGUCAAGACACUGCGGCUCAGGGAGGUGGAGUGUGAGUUCUUGGAUUUGGAGGCAAGUGGGGGCCAUAUGAACCGACCAGAACGUCAAGUGCUGUUUUAUCACACUGUUCUUGAUUGGAUGGCAAGGUAUACAAAGUAA